CGUUUGGAGAUGCUUUGGUUGCCCAGAGGGAUGGCAGAGAAGGGGAACCCUGCGUGAUUUCCCAUCCCAAUUCAGCUACAGACCGGGGAAAUCCCAUUUUUGCUGCUCUAAGAACACCAAUCAAAUCUGGAGAAGCCAAAACCGAAUGGUUCCAGCAGACCCCGAUGAAGAAAACCCUCUUCCAGAGAGGAAAAGGCGCACGGAGAGCAGAAGACGAAUUUGUGCAUCCCCUUCACCUGCCGGAUGGCAUCGCCGUGUCCUCAGCUUCUCCAGGAAGCAGCCACACCUUUCCCUCCUGCAUCCCGUGCCGUUGCAGGCAGCACCGAGCUGAUGCCACUGUUUUUUGUUUUUUUUUUGGGGUGAUGCCCUUCCCUGUGGCACCCAUCACCCAAACCAAAUCCACCCCACAGGGCACCCAGUGCCCCACCAGUCCCAGGAGCUGCUCCACGCCUGCCUGGAGCGCUCAAAACCCCACCACAAACCUUUCCCGAGCCGCCCAGGCUCAAAACUUCGUCCGAAAUACCUCCGUGUCAUCCUGCAAGUCAUCAAAAAGUUUCUCGGGCAGCGCUGGAGCAGGAGGCUCCGAGCUGGCAGCAGCUGGAGCUGGCAGAGCGCGGCGCCGAGCCCCGUGGUUCGCUCGAAAGGAGAAGGAGGCUCUGGGAGAUGUUUUGGUGCACAACGACGCUGAAAAACAACCCCCGGGGGAGGAACGGGCACCUCCUGGAGGGUUUUGCCAGCGGGGUGAAAUUUUUGGGAGCUGCGCGGGGCCGGCGGCCGGCUCAAAGUCCCGCGGGAUCCCUGGGGCUCCUCCAAGUUCAUCAAGCACCUACCUGGGGAAAAAGGAGCAGAGGAGCAGCAGCAGCAGCAGCCCCCCGGGGACAGCGAUGGCCAAACCCCACGGUGACAGCGGGGCCAUGGAAGAGGAGCUGAGGGGGACGAGGAGCACAGGAUUUCCAUCCUCCUAUCCCCACUGGCUCGGCCCGUGGAGGAUUUGGGAAACCAGGCUGCGAAAGAUGCGGUAGGAGGGGAAGACGAAGUGCUUCGUGCAAGAAAAACACCUGGAGAAGACACGGAGCCAUCCCACCUGCAGACAUCACUGCCUCCUCGCCAGCUCCUUCCAACCCCGAGCAUCUCGGGGUGGAAAAGCAGCCCAAAGAUUUUGGCACCCUGAGCCCCGUCCUGCACCCUCCAGACCCAGGAGAAGCGGUGACACUUGACGAUCCCGGCCUGCUGCCUCUGGUCCUCACCACGCUGGGCACUAAAACGCAGUGAUUAAACGUGUGAAUAAUUGAAAGCUGAAUGAACCACGCAGCAAAUGGAUUGGAAUUGAACAGGGUUGAGUUAAGGAGAAUUUCAAACGAGGCUGCUCUCAGAAAACUUCAGACACGCAGAAAA